AGCUCCUGCUCCUCUCCUCACGGUCUUACACGAUCAGUCAGCCUCUUGCGGUCCGGUACGCCUGUGCGGAGCGGCGGCCGGCGCGGGGAGCACGAACCGCCCGGCGGACACGCAGCGCCCGGAGCCCGCAACGGGCGGACAGGCGGCGGCCGGCAGGAAGUUACGUCGGCGCCGACCCAGGGGCGUGCUACGCAAACUCCGGCGCGCCGCGGGGAGAGCGGAGUGGGGGAGCUGCAGGGCUGUGGGGUCUGCGGCGGCGGCGGCGGGCUGUGGUGAGCGGCCCUUCUCCUGCCGCUGCGGUCCGGGACCCCCUGCCUGUCCCUUCUGGCUGCGGGGCAGCCUCUCGGGACGGGCCGCGCUGCGCUCGGUAAGCCGCCUCGGCAGCGCAAGCGCCAGUGGCUGGGGUUGUACACCGUGGAAACGGUGUCGGAAAGUCGCCUCGCUGAGACGGCGAGGGGGAUGUUGUGCACACCGGGGGCGAGAGUGUGUGCGGCCCUCCAUAUUUAAGUGUUUGUGUCUGUUUUGGGGCUACUCCGGGAGCUGCCGGUUCUGCCAUGACCCGGUGGGCUCGGCGAAACGGCCCUCCCGGCUCAAAGCCGCUGGCGGCGACUCCCUGGGAGGCGAUGGUGAACGGCCCUUCUGAGCAGGAGGGCCGUUCAGGCCCCCUUUCCUUGAAGAAGGCACAAGAGAAAAGUAAAAAGAAGAACAAAAAGAAGAAAGACUAUCUGAACGAAGAUGUUAAUGGCUUUGCAGCGUACUUGAAGCAAAGCCUGCGGAAUGGCGAAGUGGCCGAAGCAGAAAGUGCCGAGCUGGAGAAGGAGGUAGCAGUAGCCUUGAAGAAGGACAAGAGGCGGGAGGAUAGGAGGCUGAAAAGAAAAGAAAUGAAGAAAAAUGCUAUGGUAUGUUUCCACUGUAGAGAACCUGGACAUGGUGUUGCUGAUUGCCCUGCAGUACUUGAAAGUGAAGAAAUGGGUACAGGAAUCUGUUACCGGUGCGGAUCCACAGAACAUGACAUUGGCAAAUGCAGGGCAAAAGUAGAUCCAGCUGUGGGGGCAUUUCCAUAUGCGAAGUGUUUUAUCUGUGGUGAGAUGGGGCAUCUAUCAAGGUCAUGUCCAGACAAUCCCAAGGGAUUGUAUGCUGAAGGUGGUGGUUGCAAACUUUGUGGUUCUGUGGAACACUUCAAAAAAGACUGUCCAGAGAAACAGAAUGCAGGUCAGGUCACGGUUGGGCGCUGGGCCCUUGGAAUGAGCGCAGAUUAUGAAGAAAUUGCAGAAGCACCUAAGCAGCAACAACCAAAAGUAAAAGUGGCCAAAGUUGUUACGUUUUGAAGGCAGCUUGAGUGUAAACCAUGGCUGCUCUGCAUUCCUUCACUCCAGAGCAGUGACUAGGCAGAGUGGAUCGCUGGUUUCAGGACACCCAGCAGACUCCUGCUGCUAAAAUGGUUUUUUCAAAAUUCCCCUUUAUUUUUCUGAAUUGCCUCCCAGGCUCACCUAGCUCACUGAAAAGCUGGGAACAGAAAUACAGCAAGUGUGUAUUUUAUUUUGAUACCUCUCUGCCAAACAAAAAUGCUCAAAAAUCUCCAGUUUUUAUCCAUUGGUGAGCUCGGAGUAAACUUUGUGUUGUAUCUGCCUGCUUAAUGGCAUAUUUAUUUAUUUUUUAAUAGAUAAGAAACCAGCUCAUGAACAGAAUUCCUGCCGCAGCUCUCCAGGUGCUGUCAUAACUCAGCCUCUGCAGUCAGUGGUGGUGGGCUUUCUCUUGUGUCUGGUCAUCUCACCUGAGAUGAACAAGGGAGCACAGCAUUCCUGAAGCAGUGCACCUUGAGCCUAUCUCACACAGAGUGCUUCGUUUGGAACUCGCACCUUGACACAGCUCUGCCAGGUGUUGUGCAGGGUCUCUGUUCAGUGCUACAAGGCGUAGCUACGAGGCUUGGUCCUCUGCUGCAGCUGUGGCUUACCAUUGGGCAAAUAUGAGUCUUCAGUAUGCCAGAGAUUUUAAAUGUGCCUUCUAGAAGCUUCAGCUUGCAUUAUGCAGUAAUGGGGAAGCCACCCAGUGGUAAGCUUGUUGCUUCUCAAUUAUUCAUUUACCCUUUCAAUAAAAGCAUCCCCACAGUCCAUACAUCGCUUGAGUGCAAACACCAAAGUGCAAUCUUCAGUUCAGGACUGGCUUCUGAACUGCUUAGGACUAGCCACAGAAACUAGGUUUGGGCAUUCUUUUCUUACAGCAAAAACAAAUCCCCUAAUACAGGAAUUUAAUUAUGUGAAUGUAGUCUAUAGUUGCACAUGUUAAUUAUUUUCAGUUGUUGUGAUAGUCCUGGUAGGCCCAAAAUACGCAUGUCCAGCCUUGCCUAGGCAUGUUUUUCUGCUCCACCAGAGGCAAGCAUGGGAAACGGACACAAAAGGACCUGUAGCCACUGAGUCUGGCCUGCCCAGGGUCCUGUGGUGAGCAAGGUGCACACACUUAACUUGUGCCUGCCUAGUGCAAGGCCUGUGCUUUUCCCAAAUGAGGGAAAAGAGAGCCUAUGGCUUUGCCUAAUAUGGUAAGGUUUGGCUAACUGCCAUCCUGAUUGGCUAUUCUUGUGUCCAAAGGGCAGUCAAUCUCGGUUCACGUUGGUAAAAGGAGAUAGGCAGGUAAGCAACCUGCUUUGCUUCGCUGCUUUGCUCCCCUGCUGUCUCUGCCGAUGCCUGCUGCAAUUGCCUACUGUCUUAUUGUUUGCUGGUAAACUCCACUGCCGUGAGUUACCAGGAGCAGACCUGGAUGCCUGCGCACGAUCAGCCUGUGUGGUCAGUGUGACAUCAUGCUGAGACUGCACAACAUCUGUCUUUACACCUGAAAGUCCUGCUUAGAAUUCCUGGACAUAUAUACAGAUCAUCCAGAAGAAGCCAGGAGAGAAGGUCAGAGAUUGUCUGCCUCUUUGCCCAGAAGCCGGGAAGAAUUAAGUCUCAACGUCUGACAAGACAGAGUCCCCUGAAAGCAUUUGGGCACUGUCUGGACUGUGGCUAAGCCCCAUGAGUCGGGUAAUAAUAAGUUGUGAGUAAAUGCUUAAAUGCCACUUUGUAAUUCUCCAUUGCCUGCUGUCACAAGCAGAAAGAGCUCCUUGAGCCCAUCCACUGGGCAAGCAGCAUAUUGGCCACAGGCGGCAUUUGACCAUGGGAAUCUUCUCUUGCAGUACAAUUAAAUGUUUAUGUGUUUUGUUGGUUAUUACUAGAUCUGGAUAUUAUCCAUAGAAUGUUUCUAUGACCAUGUAAGAACCAAAAUAUUACUAACAUUAGUGGUCGGGGUGGUGAGAGUUUUGAAUAGCAAAAUUAAUAAACAUUUUUGGAAAAUA